GCCAAUCACAGCGACCUUUUACCACAUGACCAGCUGUGUCCAAUGACACAGCAGAUCACUGGAUUGGCACUGAUCAUCAGUGCCCAGCAGUGCCGCCCAGCAGUGCCACUCACCAAUGCCCAUCAGUGCCAUCCACAUGUGCCCAUCAGUGCCCAGCAGUGCCACCCACCUGUGCCCAUCAGUGCCCAAAAGUGCCACCCACCUGUGCCCAUCAGUGCCUAGCAGUGCCACCCAGCAGUGUCACCUGUGAUGGUGGCGGAGUCAGACCCCCAGCCCUUCUCACCAACUCGUGACCGAAGGACUAGCCAAUCUUAAACCUCACUGUCACGUGCGUAACAAUGCCACACUCAGCUGCACCCU